UAACUUGAAACUCCCCCCAAGAACACACACUCUCUCUCACCUCACCUCACCUCACCUCACCUCAGCUUUUUCCUUGUACUGUGAGAUUCGUUCCUUUCAAGCAUUUCUUAAUAUUUCAAAUUUCGCUUUGGUUUCGUUGAUUUCGGAGUAAAUAAUAGUAACACUUAAGCAAUUUGAACUUUACGCUUCCUUCAAACUUCUCUCAUUUUCUCGAGAAAAUUCAAUAUAAUGUCGUUUGCAUCACCUGUUCUGGUUCUAGGGUUUCGUCUGAGUUCGUAGCGGUCCAUUUUCAUCGUACAUGAUUUGAGCGUCACUGCUUCAACCAUGCAGUCAUUGGUUGCCAUACAGAGGUUUGAUGUGCACAAUCUUUACGUAUUGAAUGUACUUUUUUUGGAUGGAAGUUCAGAAUUUAGGACAUAAGAUUCCACGAUAUUCAGGGUUAGUAUAAGGGUACAUAAGAUGAAGACACAUGCAUAUUUAAAAGCAAAAGGAACUACUAGGGUUAACCAUCAGCAGGAGAUGUUUGAGCUUAAACAGCGAGUGGUCUUUGCUCUAAACAAGCUUGCAGACAGGGACACACACCAGAUUGGGGUUGAGGAGCUUGAAAAAACAAUCGAAUGUUUAAAUCCAGAUGGGGUUGCACCAUUCCUGUCUUGCAUAUUAGAUACUGAUUCUGAGCAGAAGAGCACAGUUCGUAAGGAAUGUAUUAGGCUGAUGGGUUUAGUAGUUGCAUUUCAUGAGGGCCAUAUUGCUCCACACCUUGGAAAGGUGAUUGCUAGCAUCGUCAAACGACUCAAGGAUCCAGAUUCUGUUGUGAGGGACGCAUGUGUGGAAACGGUUGGUGUUUUGGCUUCUAAAUUGAGCAAUGGUCAGGGUGAAAAUGAUGGAGCUUUUGUUGCAAUAGUGAAGCCUCUUUUUGAAGCCUUGGGUGAACAAAAUAAGCAGGUGCAAUCUGGUGCUGGGUUGUGCUUAGCUCGGGCCAUUGACAGUACCAACAAUCCGCCAGUGUCAAUUUUGCAGAGGAUGUUGACCAGAACCAUUAAGUUGCUUAAGAAUCCACACUUCAUGGCAAAACCUGCAGUCAUUGAACUGAAUAGAAGUAUUAUUCAGGCAGGGGGUGCCCCAACACAAUGUACUUUAUCUGCUGCAAUCAGCAGCAUCCAAGAAGCUCUCAAGAAUAGUGAUUGGUCAACACGCAAAGCUGCUUCUUUAUCAUUAGGUGAAAUCGCUUCAAGUGGUGGAUCUGUCUUUAGUUUUUUCAAGGCUUCCUGCAUCCGUUGUCUUGAAUCAUGUCGGUUUGACAAGGUGAAACCAGUUAGGGACACAGUUCUGCAGGCUUUACAUCUUUGGAGAAGGCUUCCAGGGCCUGAUACACCUGAACCUUCUGAAGCUGGAUCUUCUAUUAAAGAAAAUUUUUGUGGAGGUGAUAAUUGUAGUGCAAAUGAGUCUGGAUGGAAGGAUGCCUUGCUUACAAAAGUGGGUACCAGCUCAAUUAAGAAAAGGCUUCCUCUCUCUGUGAGAAAAACAUGCCAAAGCUAUGUGGGUAAUCCACAACAUUCUAAAGCAAAUGAUUGGCAUAUAGAAAUUGCAGUUCCAAAAACUCCCAAUGUUUCUUUAGCAGAUGUUCAAAAUGACGAAUCUGAGGGUAGUUCUGUUACUAAGACAUUUGAAAGAGUGAGUGCUGAUAUCACAAUUGGUCAAGACAUUGGAUAUGAAUAUGUAUCAAUGGAUGACAGACAGGAUUGUUCUUCUGUGUCUAACAUUAUUACCGAUAACUUUGAAACCAAAUUUGUGACGAAGGAAGUUGGUUUGGUGAAGCAAAUGGCAACAAAUCAGAGGUUUGCAGCUGAAGAAAUUAGUAGUGAAGAACAAAGGUACUCAGUUAAGAUGCAGGAUCGCAGGAGUCUUGAUUCCACAGUCUCAGAAUCAAAUUCCCAGGCCAUGCGUCAAUGUUGUUCGCAAACAGUGAAUGAAAUGGCUUCCAUUCAAAAGCAGCUUUUGGAGAUUGAAAAUAAACAGUCAAACUUAAUGGAUCUGUUAAAGGUGUUUACAACAAGCACGAUAGAUAGCUUGUCUUCGAUACAGUUGAAGGUCUCAGAUCUGGAACACGCUGUUGAUCGAAUAGCUCAAGAUGUUGUUUAUGGAGGGAGAUAUUCUGAUCUAGCUACUGCAAAACUUCUGAAGAAGAGCCCAAGUGCUGCUUCUCCUAGACUCUCUACAUGCACUCCCCGACCAUCCGAAGGGAUACGUAAUAGACAGCCGUCAUUAUUGUGUAUGAAAAAUACAGAGAUUUGGGAGGAACAAGCAUUUUCUAGGAGCAGAUCAAAUAGCUCUGCUACACGAGGGAUCGACAUGUGGUCAGAUGCCACAGACAAAAUAAGAAGAAAGCCAAUAGGGAAGGGUAGUCAUAGAAGCUCUGGACAGGGAACACAUUUUGGUCCAACAAAAAAAACUGAUGCUGCCUGUGCUACAGGUUAUACCACUUGUGCUAGACAAAACAGUUCAGGAAUGAAAAAUAAUCUGUGGACACUUGUAAAAGGUUAUCUAUCAGAGGGGGACCUCGAUUCUGCAUAUGCAGAAGCUCUGUGUUCAGGUGACGAACUUGUCUUGAUUGAACUUCUUGACAGAACAGGUCCAGUUCUGGAAAGUUUAUCAAACAAGACUUCCAGUAAUGUUCUUGGCACUUUAGCAUCGUACUUCCUGGAGCAAAGAUUUAUAAAUUCCAUAAUCCCUUGGUUGCAACAGGUGGUGGACCUGAGUGCUAUCCAUGGACCAAAUUACCUUGGUCUCUCAGCAAAAGCAAGGCAAGAAUUUUUAUCGGCAAUUCGGGAAGCUGCCAACCAGGGCUAUUCUAAUCUUGCAGAGAGAAGUUCUGUUACACAGCUAGCAGUGAAAUUGCAUCAAAUCUGGGGUGAGUAAUCUUAUGCAUAUUUAAAUUAGUUUAGUUCUCAUGUGACAUGAACACAAUGUUUGAAUUUGGUCUUAGUCACUAAUCUCAACCCAUUUAGAAUAUGAAGGAAUCUUGACUAUCAGCAAAGUUUUAAACUUUCCCAAUGGAAGUGGCAGAAAUUUCAGAAGUCUUGAAAUUGGAUGGAAGUGAUUCAAAAUUUGAAGUUUUGUCAUAUUUGUAAAUCUUUGCAUGACCUUGAUUCUUGUGUGAGGAUCUUCCUUUUAAGUGUUGGGAAUAAAAGUUAAAAUGAGGAGUCUUCUCUUUAGGGAAAAUGUUAUUUUAUCAAGAGAAUGAAAUUUAUCUUUUCUUUUUGCCAACUAUAUUUAUUUAUUUUUCUACGCAUCUAAACA